GGCAUUUUUGGUUUGCUGCAGGUGGAUAAUAGUUCUCAAUGGAUGCACUGAAUAUGAAAGCAAGUGAAGUGGUGAAUCUACAAGAUUCUCAUCUCUGCAGUGAACGGAAUGAAGGACUUGGCUCGGGAAUUCUAAGAGUGUGGCAAGAGUUCACUUUCCACAGCCAGGAAGAAGCCAGUCAGAUGUGUAGCAAGGAUACAAAUAGUCGAAACAACUCUCUUCUCCAAGACCAUGAACCCCAACGGGAAGAAAAUUCUGAGAACAUUCCCAGCAGCCUGCAGGCAUGCGGCCUUGAAACACAGACGAGGCAGGAAACAGCAGAGUCCAGUGGUUGCGUGAGUGAUGAAGAUGAAGGCAUAGCCCAGAGACUGUCUACCCAGCCCAGAGGGGUAGUUCUUGUCAGUGAAGAAGAGCUGGCUCAGUUGGCCCAGCUGAAGCCAUCGCUGUCCAAAAGUAUUCUGCAACAUAAUGCGGGGAAUCUGAUCCAGAAACUUCAGAGGCAGAUGGAACAGCAAGAGAUCCUGGCAGAGUUUGUGGCUUUAGAACACAUGAAGCCACUUGAUGAUUGCCAGGUUGCCAAAGCACCAGAAAACCGUGAAAAGAACAGAUACCGAGAUAUUCUCCCAUACGAUAUGACACGAGUGCCUCUUGGAAAGGGGAAGGCCUACAUCAACGCCAGCUACAUCCGUGUGCCGGCGGGCAAGGAGGAGCUCUUCUACAUCUCCACGCAGGGCCCCCUGCCCUGCACCAUGAACGACUUCUGGCAAAUGGUCUGGGAAAACCACUCCAAUGUCAUCGCCAUGAUCACGAAGGAAGUGGAGCAUGGGAUUGCGAAAUGCCAUCGCUACUGGCCAGAGCCGCCCCACAGUUCUGUGGCCUUGGCGCAGUUUCAUCUGCAACUGGUGAACUAUCAGAUCCUGGACUGUUUUAUCAUUAGAAUGAUAGAAAUAAUGAACAAACAGACGCAGGAGAGGCGCACUGUGCAGCACCUCCAGUUCACCGCGUGGCCGGACCACAGCACACCCAGGUCCUCGCGGCACCUCCUCCAGUUCGUUCGCUACAUGCGGAAAAUCCACCGCUCGGGCCCCAUCGUCACCCACUGCAGUGCCGGGGUCGGAAGAAGCGGGGUGCUGCUUUGCGUGGAUAUUUUGCUGCACGGCAUAGAGAGAGAUUUAUUUUUUGACAUCAAGCAAAUAGUAACACAUUUGAGACAUCAACGUUUUGGCAUGAUUCAGACGAAGGAGCAGUAUAUGUUUUGCUAUGAAAUAGCUCUUGAAGCCCUGAAGAAUCUUCAGAGCAGGAAUGCCCAGCUGCUGCAGUAAGGAAAUCGGCUGUCAUCCUCUGCUUUGGACACACUCUGCCUCUUGCAACUCAUUGCGUUGAGAUGGCCAAGCAUCAGUGGGAUUGUGUUGUACUUCAAUAUCUGAAAAAUCUGGUUUUCUAAAGCAUUACCUA